AUGGAGCCAUUAUGUCACAGUAAGAGGUUGUUUGUUGUUGCUGUUGUGUGUGUGCUUGGUGCUAUUCUCCAAGCGUUUCGUUUCCUAUUUCUCGUUGUAGGGACUGAGCAAUUGGCACAUAUCACCGACAAAAUGCAUCAAAUUAACUCUCUCCUCGUCCUCUUCUUCUUCCUUCUUUUUCGAAUUCCCUCAACAACGGGAGAUAUCAAAACGGCAACGAUCUCCUCAGACUCUCGUCGAACCAUCCUUUUUGAAGAUUUUUGUUUCGAUCUCACCGGCCACCUUUCUCUCAACGUAUCCAAUGUCUCAUUCACAACCACCUCUACCAUCCCUAUAAACACCUCACGAAUAGGUUUCUUCUUUGGCGAUUUAUACGCCCUCGAAUAUUAUGGAAUGGUGAUACUUGAUCAGGAAGGAAAAACAUGCAUUCUUGAGUCCCCCAACCUAAUCCCAGGACUUUUCCAACCUAUAGCCACAUUUGCAGAACUCUCACCUCCUCCCCAAUCUUCCGUCAGCAAAACCCUCCCCAUCCCUCCUUUUACCGUGAACAACGAAACCCGCCCCGUACAUUCACCAGACCAUCUCGGAAUCUACUUUUCCAAUUGCGAGCCGAAUACCUCCGUCUCAAUGCACGUUCACGUAGAAACCUAUAACAUAGACCGAAAUGGCAAGGACUAUCUUGAAGUCGGUAGAACUCAAUUGCCAAUGAUCUACUUCAUUUUCUCCUUCCUUUACAUGCCGUUUCUGGCCUUGUGGGUGUACAUAUGCUACAAGAACAGGUCAUUUGUUCGCAAGAUACACAUUCUAAUGGUCAUAUUGGUCGUAAUGAAAUCGUUGAAUUUAUUGUUCGAGGCAGAGGACAAACACUACAUCAAGGUCAGUGGAACCCCUCAUGGAUGGGACAUAUGGUUUUAUUUGUUCCAUUUUCUUCGAGCUCUGCUAUUGGUAACCGUAAUCAUGUUGAUUGGGACUGGUUGGACAAUCUUAAAACCAACUUUACAUGCCAAGGACAAGGAAACCUUGGCUGUGGGCGUAACAAUUCAGGUUUUUGCUAGCAUAGUCCAUGUUUAUACCGAUGAAAUCGGCCCGUCAAAUAGCAAUUACUUGUAUUUGACUCUGGCGUUAUGUGUGGUCGAUUUGAUGGGCUUUACGAUUGUUUUCGCUCCAAUUUAUUCGACGAUGAAGACGCUCAAGGACGCCGCGAAGACGGAUGGAACUGCUGCGCGGGAUCUGGGAAAGAUGAGACUUUUGUCAUAUUUUAACGGAUGUGUACUUGCGUUCUGGCAAGUGAAGUGGUUUGCGUGGAUUUAUGUCAAUAGAUUCAGCAGCGAUACUGAUGAAGAUUGUGGUUUGGAGUGGUUGAUAGUUACAAUUGAAGAGAUUGUUGCCCUUGGAUUUUACAUCGGAAUGUUCUAUCUAUUUUGGCCUCGGGAGCAAAAUGAGUAUAUUGUUGUUCAAGAUGAAGAGACGGCUCUUGCUACCAUUCACAGUGAAUUCGCAGAUAUUUGA